AUGCACCACGGUGGCAGUGAUCCGCGCUUCGGCGAAAGUGGUUCCGAAGGUCGACAAAGUGACAGUGGGAAAUGUCGGUCGUGGAGUAGUCAGUGGGUGUUGCACUUGACAGUGGUGGUGCUGUUUUUGACCUCGUACGGAUACGAUCCCUAUCUGAGAGGGCAGGAGCUUGAGCAGAUGGCCCUGGAGGAAGACGACGAUGGUGUACUGUUGAAUGUGCCUUCCGACUUUCAUGACCCUGAAGAGGAAGAUCCAUCGGAGGAAGCAAUCGAGAUACAGUACCAUGUGCUGCUGUACGUUCCAAGGAUGUUGGCGGUGAUUCUUCUGGCGGUUUGUCACCAAGGUUGCUUUUCGAUCGAUCUGCUGCAAAAGAUCGUACACUUUGGGCAUGCAGUAAUUGCGCUCCUGUACACACUGUUAUAUCUGCAAGAUUUUUUAUCCUACGAGCUGCGCUACAUUGGCUGUCUGUCGGAGCUGUUUUGGUCGUCGAAACUGUUACUGUACGUUUAUCAACUUGCAAUGUAUUCACCUACCACCGAACGACUGUACUAUCUCAUCGCUGGAACGUUGGUUUUGAGUCUCGGUUCGGCAACACAUCCCCUGCUUGCGGAACUCGGUGCAAACUAUCCAAUCGCAUCACAGUACAUGGUUAAUCUGGCAAUUGCACUAUUACAGCUGGGCAUCUUUCAGCCCAUAAUGUUGUUCGGACCCUGUGCGACUCGUGAAAAACCAUCCACUUUACCGCACCAAAUAAAACAUGACCGAUUAAAUCGCUUUAUAGUGGAAAUUCUUAUCGCAACCCUCUCUCUGAACAGCGUCACACUGCAAUGGUUUUUAACCGACAAUUCAACACUUCUUCGCCCGUUUCUACCGUUUCUAAGCGCGGAUGAUCUGUUCGGCACGUUUUGGCAGCUAUUUUACGUGGCAGUUGUCUAUUCAACGAUUGGUUUGUUGCUGAUCUAUCUGCACACAUCCGAUCUAAUGGUGGCCUCCUUUUGUGGGCAAUUUCUUGCCGGUGUGCUUUACUUUUAUCUCGAGGAACCGAUCGUUGCCCGUUUCGGGCUGAUUAUGAACACGUGCUCACUUGCAACCGGACUCGAACAGUUAUUCUUACUGCGGUGUGGAAAUGAUAUAGUUGGCACGCUAGGGUUCACCUUUACGAUGAUCCACGUACAAACGUAUGCCUUCUUUAUGCUCUUGCUGGCAUUGUGGAGCUCACCGGAUAUUGUUAUUGUUGUAGUGCUGGCUUUUAACGGGUUUUUCGCGCUUGUGUUAAUUGUGUUUAGGAGAUGGUUAAACUGUGAACCUAUUCGGCCAGAUUCAGUAGAGAAAAUGUUUUCCACUCAAAUAACUACCAUCACGUGA